AUGUUCGCCGCUACUCGCCAAUCCUCGCGCCUGGCUCGCUCGUUCUCGACCUCGGCUCGCGCCAACACUCGCGUUGCCGUAUUGGGCGCCGCAGGUGGUAUUGGCCAGCCGCUCUCGCUCCUCCUCAAGCUCAACCCGCUCGUCUCGCACCUCUCCCUCUACGACAUCCGGCUCGCGGCGGGUGUUGCCGCCGAUGUCGGCCACUGCAACACUCCCUCGACCUGCGUCGGCUACGGCCCGGAGAACGAUGGCCUCAAGAAGGCGCUCGAGGGCGCCGAGAUCAUCAUCAUCCCCGCUGGCAUGCCCCGCAAGCCCGGCAUGACCCGUGACGACCUCUUCAACGCCAACGCCUCGAUCGUCCGCGACCUCGCUCAGGCUGCCGCCGAGGUUGCCCCCAAGGCCCGCAUCGGCAUCAUCGCCAACCCGGUCAACUCGACCGUCCCCAUCGUCGCCGAGGUCUUCAAGAAGGCUGGCGUCUACGACCCCAAGCGCCUCUUCGGUGUUACCACCCUCGACAUCGUCCGCGCCUCGGCCUUCCUCUCGGGCAUCGCCGGCACCGAGCCCAAGGACACCAACGUCCCCGUCGUCGUCGGCCACUCUGGCCCGACCAUCGUCCCCCUCCUCUCGCAGCUCCCGGCCGGCAAGAAGGUCGUCGAGCAGGGCGGCGAGACCCUCGCUGCGCUCGUCAAGCGCAUCCAGUACGGCGGUGACGAGGUCGUCAAGGCCAAGGACGGCGCCGGAUCGGCCACCCUCUCGAUGGCCUACGCCGGUGCCGACUUCACCGACUCGCUCCUCCGCGCCAUGAAGGGCGAGAAGGGCGUCACCCUCUGCACCUACGUCGAGUCGCCCCUCUACAAGGACCAGGGCGUCGAGUUCUUCUCUUCCCCCGUUGAGCUCUCGUCCGAGGGCACCGUCGCCAAGAUCCACCCCGUCGGCGACCUCCACCCGACCGAGCAGAAGCUCCUCGAGGCCUGCCUUCCCGACCUCAAGAAGAACAUCGCCGCUGGCGUCAAGUUCAUGUCGGCCUGA